AUGCACGGGCACAGCCGCAACGGGCAGGCCCACGUGCCCCGGCGGAAACGCCGCAACCGCUUCGUCAAGAAGAACGGCCAAUGCAACGUCUACUUCGCCAACCUGAGCAACAAGUCGCAGCGCUACAUGGCGGACAUCUUCACCACCUGCGUGGACACGCGCUGGCGCUACAUGCUCAUGAUCUUCUCCGCGGCCUUCCUCGUCUCCUGGCUCUUCUUCGGCCUCCUCUUCUGGUGUAUCGCCUUCUUCCACGGCGACCUGGAGGCUGGCCCGGCGGCCGCGGCGGCCACGGCGGCGGCCACGGCCACGGCGGCGGCGGGAGGGGGUGCCCCGGUGGCCCCAACGGCCCCCAAGCCCUGCAUCAUGCACGUGAACGGCUUCCUGGGCGCCUUCCUGUUCUCGGUGGAGACGCAGACGACCAUCGGCUACGGGUUCCGCUGCGUGACGGAGGAGUGCCCGCUGGCGGUCAUCGCCGUGGUGGUGCAGUCCAUCGUGGGCUGCGUCAUCGACUCCUUCAUGAUUGGCACCAUCAUGGCCAAGAUGGCUCGGCCCAAGAAGCGGGCGCAGACGCUGCUGUUCAGCCACCACGCGGUCAUCUCGGUGCGCGACGGCAAGCUCUGCCUCAUGUGGCGCGUGGGCAACCUGCGUAAGAGCCACAUCGUGGAGGCGCAUGUGCGGGCCCAGCUCAUCAAGCCCUACAUGACCCAGGAGGGCGAGUACCUGCCGCUGGACCAGCGGGACCUCAACGUGGGCUACGACAUCGGCCUGGACCGCAUCUUCCUGGUGUCGCCCAUCAUCAUCGUCCACGAGAUCGACGAGGACAGCCCGCUCUACGGCAUGGGCAAGGAGGAGCUGGAGUCGGAGGACUUUGAGAUCGUGGUCAUCCUCGAGGGCAUGGUGGAGGCCACCGCCAUGACCACCCAGGCCCGCAGCUCCUACCUGGCCAGCGAGAUCCUGUGGGGCCACCGCUUCGAGCCUGUGGUCUUCGAGGAGAAGAGCCACUACAAGGUGGACUACUCGCGCUUCCACAAGACCUACGAGGUGGCCGGCACGCCCUGCUGCUCGGCCCGGGAGCUGCAGGAGAGCAAGAUCACCGUGCUGCCCGCCCCGCCGCCCCCGCCCAGUGCCUUCUGCUAUGAGAACGAGCUGGCCCUCAUGAGCCAGGAGGAAGAGGAGAUGGAGGAGGAGGCGGCGGCCGCUGCUGCCGUGGCCGCGGGCCUGGGCCUGGAGGCGGGCUCCAAGGAGGAGGCGGGCAUCAUCCGAAUGCUGGAGUUCGGCAGCCACCUGGAUCUGGAGCGCAUCCAAGCCACCCUCCCGCUGGACAACAUCUCCUACCGCAGGGAGUCCGCCAUCUGACCUCCGGGCCCCGCCCUCAUCACUUCCCACAAGAGCCUCUGCCGGGGGUGGGAUGCCAGGACACCCCCUCCACACUCAGGACAGAGCUGACCCUGGCUCCGCGGGCCUGCGGCAGGGAGCUGGGGGCUUCAGAGACUGGGGAACCCCUUCUCAGUGACUCCAGAGCCCAGGCCUGGGAAGGGCCCAGGAUACCCCCUGACCUGUCAGCCUACCCACUGGCCUCUCGGGGACCCCAGACCCACCACAUUUUUCCCACUGACACUUCAAGGACGUGCCCCCUUUACUCUCAGAACCUUGGGGAAGGCGGCUGGACUGCUGGGGGGGUGGGCAUCGUGGGGUUCUGGGGUGGGCAGGGGUUAGUGUGGGGGGAGGGAGGGUGGGGGACGUUUCUUUUGCAUGACUGUGACCU